AUGUCUCCUGAUCUGAACCCAAUCAAACACCUAUGGGGAAUUAUGAAGAGUUAAGUUGAGCAUCACACUCCAUCCAGCAUCCAGGCUCUAAAAGAGGUCGUUCUCAAAGAAUGGAAAAAAGAUCGAUGUUGCAAUAUGUCUCUAACUUGUUCAUUCCAUGCCUAGAAGACUUGGUGCUAUCCUUACAAAUCAUGGAGGUCAUAAAAAAUACUAGAUGGAGUAGUUUUUGUUAUGGGGUGUAUGCAUUUUUGCACCAACUAAUUUGAGUAAAACUGAAGAUUUUGUAUUCUAUGUUAUAUUAUUAA